CCGCACUCGUUCUGGAGGCAAAUGCGGUGAGGCUCACUGGUGUACCGGCGAAGCAUCGGCAGUCGUGCAGCCAGCCAAGGUAGGCGAGAGCCAGCGAGCCACACCCACAGGGAAUGAGGUCACGUGUCACACCGUCGCGGCUUCCUCGUUGGGAAGGCCUUCCACGGUCUGGCUAUGGGGCAUAAUCGCGCAUGCGCCUCACCAAUGGCAAAGCCAAUCCAUGGAUGCAGCAUGGAGGCUGGCCAGGUCCAGCCAACCAGCAGACCCUGCGCAACCGUCAAACUGUGGCAUCGCAACGGCGCGGUUUGGACGUGUGGACUCGCAGUUUGUAUUACCAUAACAUGGACGGUAAUUGGGAGGCGUUGGCCAGGCGACGCAGGGCGAGCAGGGCCUCUGAUUCGGCCGAUAUGGGACAUGUAAUGAAUUGCUAAGGCUGGUUUGAGGCAGGCCCCGACGCGCCCCUUAGCCGCGAGGGCCGUGCUCAAU